AUGGAGGAAGCAAAUGCUCCAUUGUUGGAACAAAUAUCUCCAACUUCGAUGGUCCAAUAUGAAGAUGAACAAGACCAAGUUCUUACACAGAGAUUUUGCAGAGAAUCAAAGAAGCUUUGGGACAUCGUAGCCCCUGCAAUCUUUAGCCGCCUCGCCUCCUUCUCCAUGUUCGUCAUCACGCAAGCCUUUGCUGGCCAUCUGGGCGACCAUGAAUUCGCGGCGGUCUCCAUUGCCAACAAUGUCAUUAUUAACCUCAACUUUGGUCUCUUUCUGGGCAUGGCAAGCGCAUUAGAAACGCUAUGCGGGCAAGCUUUUCGUGCCAAGAAAUUCUACAUGUUGGGUGUAUACAUGCAACGUUCGUGGAUUGUUCUGUUGAUUUGCUGUAUUAUAAUUUUGCCUAUCUAUCUCUUUGCCACUCCAAUUCUAAAGCUUUUGGGACAGGAUUCAGAAGUGGCAGAGCUAUCAGGGCUAGUAUCAAUGUGGUUAAUACCGGUUCAUUUCAGCUUUGCCAUUCAGUUUCCGUUGCAGAUUUUCUUGCAGAGCCAGCUUAAGAAUAUUGUGAUUGCUUGGGUGUCUCUGGUAGCAUUAGUAGUCCAUGUGAUAUUAAGCUGGUUGUUUGUGUACAAGCUUCAGGUUGGAGUAGUUGGUACUGCUAUUACUUUGGACAUCUCUUGGUGGAUAUUGGCGAUUGGGCAAUUGAGUUACGCAGUCUUUGGUGGGUGUCCAUUAACUUGGUCUGGUUUCUGCACUGAAGCAUUUUCAGGUCUCUGGGAGUUCAUCAAACUCUCUGCUGCUUCUGGGGUUAUGCUCUGCUUGGAAGUCUGGUACUAUGCAAUACUGGUAUUGAUGACUGGAAAUCUGGCCAAUGCAGAGGUUGCUGUGGAUGCUUUGUCCAUAUGCAUGACCAUAAAUGGAUGGGCAAUGAAUAUUCCUCUUGCAUUCUUUAAUGCAACCGGAAUAAGAGUGGCAAAUGAGCUUGGAGCAGGGAAUGGAAAAGGAGCCAAAUUUGCGACCACAGUAUCAGUGGUCACAUCCAUUGCAAUUGGUCUCUUAUUUUGCUUAUUGAUUAUGAUAUUCCACAAGGAAAUUGCUUUUAUAUUUUCUUCAAGUAAACCUGUACUGCAACAAGUAAACAAACUCUACAUCCUCUUAGCCUUCACUCUUCUCCUCAAUAGUGUUCAACCUAUUCUAUCUGGAGUGGCUGUGGGAUGUGGUUGGCAAUCAUAUGUUGCAUAUAUAAACUUAGGUUGUUAUUAUAUAAUCGGAGUUCCAGUUGGAUUUUUUAUGGGAUGGUUCUUCAACAAAGGAGUUAUGGGAAUUUGGGCUGGCAUGAUUGUUGGAACAGCGAUUCAAACCUUGAUUUUAGUCGUCAUUGCCAUUAAAUGUGACUGGGUAAAAGAGGCCGAGAAAGCAAGUAUGCAGUUGUUGAAGUGGGAAAACGCAAAAACAAAAACCUUAGAUGAAGCUGAUGAAUCAAUCCACGUUAAUCAUAUGUAUCCAAGCUGCUUAAUCAUGUGA